AUGAAAUCAUAUCAAAGUGAAGUCAUUUUUUUCUUAUAUAGAAAUACGGAUGAAGUUUGCAUCAAAGUCAAAAUUCUUGCGAAUCACACCACAACAACCCCUUCAAUACUGAAUCCAAAAAUAAUCUCACCUUCGAUGGCCAAUGGUUCUGUUCUCCAGUGUGAGUUAGGAGAGGAGAGUUGUCACAUACCUCUCUACACAACACCAACCAAAGGAUCAACUAAAUGUCCUGAUAUUGAGAACAUGGCUUCUUCCUCCACACCCAAUGUCCAUGCAUUUUCUUCUUUGAAUAAUCUUGGAUCUGUUUGUCACUUGGAUUUGUCUGUGAAACCGAAAAGGCCAGGAAAUCACACAUUAUGUGUCAGAGCCAAAGAUAAGAAUAAUGAUGGUGAUGUUAGAUGUUACACUAUCCAAGUUGUCACUAACAAUAACAAGACAUUUGGCGGUCCUUGCCAGGAUAAACAUUGUCAUAAUGGGGGAAGAUGCGAGGCUGAUCCUGUAUCAUGGACUGCUCAGUGUAUCUGCCCAGUUGAAAUUUCGGAUUCAAAUUGUUUAACAAAUACCACCGUUCCAGGAACAACCACGCCUACAAUACCUUCCCAUACAUUUACGGACACAGCCAUUCCAAAUGUUAUACAGUGUCCUAUCAAUACUGAGUGUGGUAUACCCUUGAUAAUCACAGGACCUCCAGGUGACAUUCCAGAUGUGAAAACUAACAGUCCACUCGUUCAUAAGCCGAUACCAACCAUAAAUUAUCCUGGACAUUCAAAUUCUACAUACCAAACAAAUAUAAAAGUAUCCGGUACCAAGGAAGAACUGAAAAAGAUAUGUGUGGAAAUCGGAACAAAGGGAGCUGAGAUUUGCGUUAAGGUCAAUAUUACUUCAAAGCAUACGCCAUCCGCUAAUUCUACAAAGAGUAUCCAGGAACCAACCAUUCCUGACGAGUCCUCUGUUGUCUGUGUAGAAAACACAGUUUGUCAUCUACUUAUACAUUCUACAAAGUUUAACAAUGACAGUUGUACUAUUCCAAGGCAGUCCCAAGUUACCCCCGGAACUGUUGUUCUGAAGACAGCAGAGACAACAUUCAAUCAGUCUUUGUGUGUUACCGAUGUGGCAACUCUAGUAAAGCCUGGGGAGAAUAAAAAGAUAUGUGUAGAAACAUUCAGUUCUGAUAGAAGAUGCAUUAUUGUGAAUGCAGUGAAAAACAUAACAAGCAGUUCCCCCUGCAAUCCAAAUCCAUGUCAGGGGGAAGGAUUUUGUAGAACUUCUGAUUAUGUCAAUCACACUUGUGUCUGUAAAACUGGCUUAGAGGGACAGAACUGUGAAAAGAAAGAUAAGCCUUUGCCAAUACCCAGACAAAAUACAACUUUAACAAAUGAACUUCCCGUAUUUGUGGAUACAAUGUUACCAAAGGAAAUCGUAUGUUAUUUGGCACAAGAUUGUCCAAUUAUCCUUCCAGUUGACGGUCAGCCACUGAAUAGGAGUUCGCUUCUCUUUGGACAUAUUGACAAAGGAAUAAGCCCCAAAAAUAUUGAAUUAGAACACAUAACAAGUCCCCUAAAUCAAAGCAUCGCACAGUUCCAUGUGUUACCAUCAGAAUCGGGCACCAAACAUGUCUGUGUGCAGACCAGGAACUCGAAUACGAAUACAGAUGAAGUUUGUAUAAAAAUAAUAAUUCUUCCUAACGUGACGGCUACCUCACCCCCUUCAACAAUGUCACCAAAGAUAACCUCACCUUCGAUGCCAAACGGCACUGUUCUUCAAUGCGAGUAUGGAGAGAAAAGUUGUCACAUACCUCUUUUCACAAAUCCAAUACCUGGUUCAAGCAAAUGUCCUGAUGUGGAGAACACGGCUUUUUCUUCCAUAUCUAAUACGCAUGCGUUUUCAUCUGAAAAUAGUCAAGGAUCAUCACUGUGUCACGUGGAUCUAUCAGUAAAACCGGAAGUACCAGGAAUUCAUACCCUAUGUGUCAGAGUGGGAAAUAAAACUAAUGAUGGUGAUGUUAGAUGUUACACCAUCCAAGUUGUCACUAAAAAUAACAAAACAUUCGAUACCACUGUUCCAGGAACAACCAUGCCUACAAUAUCUACUCAUACAUUUACGGACACAGCCAUUCCAAAUGUCAUACAGUGUCCCAUCAACACUGAAUGCGGUAUACCCCUGAUAAUCACAGGACCUCCAGGUGAAAUUCCAGAGGUGAAAACUAACAGUCCACUCGUUCAUAAACCAAUACCCACAGUAAACUACCCUGGACAUUCAAAUUCUACAUACCAAACAAAUAUAAAAGUAUCCGGUACAAAGGAGGAACUGCAAAAGAUAUGUGUGCAAAUUGGAACAAAGGGAGAUAAAGUUUGCUUUAAGGUCAACAUCACUUCAAAGCAUACACUGUCCUCUAAUGCUGCGAAGAUUAUCCAGGAACCAACCAUUCCGGACGAGUCAUCUGUCAUCUGUAUAGAAAGCACCGUGUGUCAUCUACUUAUUCAUUCUGUAAAGUUUAACAAUGACAGUUGUACUAUUCCAAGGCAGUUCCCAGUUACCACCGGAACUGUUGUUCUGAAUACAGCUGAGACAACAUUUAAUCAGUCUUUGUGUGUUACCGAUGUGGCAACUCUAGUAAAGCCUGGGGAGAAUAAAAAGAUAUGUGUAGAAACAUUCAGCUCUGAUAGAAGAUGCAUUAUGGUGAAUGCAGUGAAAAACAUAACAAGCAGUUCCCCCUGCAAUCCAAAUCCAUGUCAGGGGAAUGGAUUUUGUAGAACUUCUGAUUAUGUCAAUCACACUUGUGUCUGUAAGACUGGGUUAGAAGGACAGAACUGUGAAAAGAAAGUCAAGCCUUUGCCAAUACCCAGAAAAAAUACAACUUCAACAAAUGAACUUCCCAUAUUUGUGGAUACAAUGUUACCAAAGAAAAUCGUAUGUUAUUUGGCACAAGAUUGUCCAAUUAUCCUACCAGUUGAUGGUCAGCCACUGAAUAGGAGUUCGCUUCUCUUUGGACAUAUUGACAAAGGAAUAAGCCCCAAAAAUAUUGAAUUAGAACACAUAACAAGUCCCCUAAAUCAAAGCAUCGCACAGUUCCAUGUGCUACCAUCAGAAUCGGGCACCAAACAUGUCUGUGUGCAGACCAGGAACUCGAAUACGAAUACAGAUGAAGUUUGUAUAAAAAUAUUAAUUCUUCCUAACGUGACGGUUACCUCACCUCCUUCAACAAUGUCACCAAAGAUAGCUUCACCUUCGAUGCCAAACGGCACUGUUCUUCAAUGCGAGUAUGGAGAGAAAAGUUGUCAUAUACCUCUUUUCACAACUCCAAUACCUGGUUCAAGCAAAUGUCCUCAUGUGGAGAACACGGCUACCUCUUCCAUAGCCAAUACGCAUGCGUUUUCAUCUGAAAAUAGUCAAGGAUCAUCACUGUGUCACGUGGAUCUGUCAAUAAAACCGGAAGUACCAGGAAUCCAUACCCUAUGUGUCAGAGUCGGAAAUAAAACUGCAAGCGGGGAUAUAAGAUGCUACACAGUCCAUGUUGUUACGAAUAACAACAAGACAUUUGGCGGUCCUUGUCAGCAGAUGCGAUGUCAUAAUGGAGGAAAAUGUGAAACUGACCCUCUGUCUUCAACCGCUCAAUGCAUCUGUCCAGUCGGAUAUUCCGACACAAACUGCCUAUCACACAUCAACAUUUCACCAACAUUCCCUGGACCAACGGUGCCAACCACUACUAAGCCUAUCUUUACGGAAACAGCUAUACCAGAUAUCAUUCAAUGUCCCACCGGCAGCACAUGUAGUGUUCCUUUAAUAAUAAAAGGGGAGUCAGGAAAUAUUCCACAAAUUGAUACAGACAGUCCUUUGGUUACCCAUCCCAUACAGACUGUUACUUAUCCAGGAAAAACCAAUGAUACAUUUCAAACAAAUAUAAAAAUGAGCAGCUUAAAAGAAGGAGUUCAUACUGUUUGUACUCACAUCGUAGACAACAGAGAGAAAGGGGAUGAGAUUUGCUUUAAAGUCAAUUUUACAUCACCAGUUACAACAGUAUCGACAGGAAACCCAUUGAAAUUUCAAGAACCUACGAUUCCAGAUAUGUCCUCUGUCAAUUGUUUAGAAAAUAAAACAUGUCACGUGCUACUGCAUGCUCCAAUGGAUAACAAUGGCAAUUGCUUAAUCCCAAGACAAGCUCCAUUCUCAUCCGGAACUACAGUUCUCACAACUAGCUUGACAACAUUUGAUCACACUUUGUGUGUAACAGAUAUUGCAACGAUUGUCAAACAUAGCGAAACAAAGAAACUUUGCUUUGAAGUAAAUGGAUCCGCAGAUAAAAGAUGCAUAGCUGUGAAUGCAGUGACAAAUUUAACAAAAUCACAUUGCAAUAGUAAACCUUGUGGAGCAUGUGGCUAUUGCAAGUCAACUUCUACUUCCUACGUGUGUAUAUGCAAACUUGGAUAUAAAGGGAUGCAUUGUGAAAACACAACACAACCUAUACCAGUACCACGGCCAUCUAACAAGUUUUCAAACUCUUCACCAAUAUUUGUGAACACAAUGUUACCAAAAGAAAUAACGUGCCAUUUGAACAAAGACUGCCCUAUAAUGCUACCCGUGCAUGGAAGCCCAGUGAAUAAGAGUUCCUUACUUUUUGGACAUUUGGAUAAAGGAGUCGAGCCAAAACAAAUUAAUCUUAUAGAUUUCACAAAACCAGUCAAUCAAUCCAUAGCACAAUUCCAUGUCAUACCAUCACAAACCGGAACAAAACUAGUCUGCGUUCAAACAAAAAAUUCUAUGACGAACACUGAUGAAAUCUGCGUCAACGUAAAGAUCAUACCAGAUAAUACCUUGUCCACAACAACGCCACUCGCAACACCAGAAAUAGUCUCCCCCUCAUUGCCAGAUGGAACAGUAUUACAAUGUGAAAGUGCACUGGACAGUUGUCAUAUACAGCUCGUGACGAAGCCAACACCAGGAUCACAAUCUUGUCCAAGAGUGGAAAACACGCCAACUUCUUCGUUAGUAAACAUUCAUGAUUUUACAUCUGAGACGGUCACAGCAUCCCAUUCAGUAUGUUACACAGAUUUGUCAGUGAAACCCAGCGCACCGGGUAAUCACUCGCUGUGUAUAAGGGCAAGACAAGAAGAGAAAGUAGGAGACGAGAGAUGUUAUAUUAUCCAGGUGGUAACAAAUGGCAGUAAAACAUAUGGUGGACCUUGUCAAGAUCAACAUUGCUACAAUGGCGGACGAUGUGACGCAACCUCUGCUUCAAAGUCAACAUGCAUAUGCCCUGUUGGAAUUACAGGAAGCACCUGCCAGAAAAGCCGAUUUUCUCCCCCAGUAAACCAAGGGAACACGGGCAAGCAAAACAACACUGUACCAGUAUUUACGGACACUGCCAUACCGGAGGUAAUACAGUGUUCAAUUGGCACACCUUGUGGAGUGCCUCUAAUCGUUACCGGUCCACCUGGAGACAUCCCCACCGUUGAUACAGACAGUCCUUUUGUUAUCCAUCCUGUAAAAACAGACACGUUCCCAGGAGAUUCAAAUUCUACCUAUCAAACAAACAUCAAACUAAAGGCAACAAAGGAGGGUCAACGUAAAAUAUGUAUUAAUACUGUUCAUAAAAGUUUGAAAGGUGAUGAAAUUUGCUUUAAAGUCAAUUUUACAUCUGCAUUGCCUACCAAGCCACCCUCUAGUGGCCUACAAGAACCAACACUUCCCGAUUCUUCUUCUGUUCGAUGUUUAGAAAACACAGACUGUCAUUUGCUGAUACAUACUUCAAAAGAUCACAGUGGUAAAUGUGAAGAGCCAAAGGAGCUACCACACACAUCAGGAACAGUCAUUGUAAGUACAAAAGUGACUAGCUUUGAUCCCAACCUUUGUGUCACUGACGUCGUCACACGGGUGCAGCACACAGAAACUAAGAAGAUUUGCAUUGGGGCCCAAAGUUCCAACGUGAAAAGAUGCAUCAUUGUUAAUCCAUCGCUCAAUUCCACAACUUCCCAUUGUCAACACGUAUCUUGUAAUAAAGGAUACUGUUUUUCUAACGACCAGUCCUUCACGUGUAUUUGUCCGGUGGGAGUCAGUGGAAGAAACUGUCAGAAUAAUGUUUCACAUAUCCCAAUACCAAGAAACCCUUCUGCAAAUAUAACAGCAAAUUCAACUAUAUUUGUGGACACCGGUGUACCUACUGAUAUCAACUGUGUCUUGAAUCUGCCCUGUGAAUUCCCAUUACCAAUAUCCGGGCAGAAUCUAUCAAU